ACAAAAGAUAUUUUUAUUCCUCUCUAAUCCUGGAAAAAACGUACUCCUGGGAGGAAGGGAGCCGGCCAUUUCACUCUUCCCGCUCCAAGCUGCUGCGGCUUCCCAAAUCCCUCUCUAAAACCCUGCUACACUCUCUCGACUCCAAAAGGGCUUUUGGAUUGGCAGCCCUUUCUGGGUUUCCCGGCAGCUUGGAACCCAAAUGCAUUUCGAGUUUUUGGGGAGUUCUUCUCCCUCCUCUUCCUUGAACUCUGUUACCUCUCUCAAACCAAAUAUGGCCGCUUUUAGCUUUAUAGCUCCGCCGCUGUGCCCUUACACUCCCUUCCGCCGGCCGGGUCUUGGCAAUCACUCGGUUUCUUGCUGUAUUGGUUCCCCGACGAAGAUAGGCAGCCGUGUGUCCAAGGCACCACGCAAAAGAUCGAGGAGAACAGAAGGGGCAGGGAAAAGUAUGGAAGACUCAGUUCAACGCAAAAUGGAACAGUUCUAUGAAGGAUCUGAUGGUCCACCACUACGUAUUGUUCCGAUUGGUGGACUGGGUGAGAUUGGAAUGAAUUGCAUGCUAGUUGGGAAUUACGACCGCUAUAUUCUAAUUGACGCUGGUGUUAUGUUCCCUGACCACGAUGAGCUUGGAGUUCAAAAGAUUUUACCAGACACCACUUUCAUAAAAAAAUGGAGCCACAAAAUUGAAGCAGUUGUGAUAACACAUGGGCAUGAAGAUCACAUCGGUGCAUUGCCAUGGGUGAUACCAGCUUUGGAUUCACAUACCCCAAUAUAUGCAUCAUCCUUUACAAUGGAGCUUAUCAAAAAGCGUCUGAAGGAGCAUGGAAUCUUUCUUCCAUCCAGACUAAAAGUUUUCAGAACAAGGAGGAGAUUUACUGCUGGGCCUUUUGAAAUAGAGCCUAUUACCGUUACCCACUCAAUUCCUGAUUGUAGUGGCCUCAUUCUUCGUUGCUCUGAUGGUAUAAUACUUCAUACAGGCGAUUGGAAGAUUGAUGAAUCACCAUUGGAUGGCAAACCAUUUGAUCGUGAAGCUCUUGAAGAACUCUCGAAGGAAGGAGUGACUUUGAUGAUGAGUGAUUCAACAAAUGUGCUUUCCCCGGGAAGGACAAUGAGUGAAACCGUUGUAGCAGAUUCACUGUUGAGACGUAUUUCAUCUGCUAAAGGAAGGGUUAUCACUACUCAGUUCGCAUCGAAUAUUUUUCGACUGGGAAGUGUAAAAGCUGCUGCUGAUUUGACUGGCAGAAAACUUGUCUUUGUUGGCAUGUCCUUAAGGACUUAUUUGGAUGCCGCUUGGAAGGAUGGAAAGGCACCAAUUGAUCCAUCCACUCUGGUGAAAGUAGAAGAUAUAGAUGGAUAUGCUCCCAAGGAUUUACUGAUUGUUACAACUGGAUCACAAGCAGAACCACGUGCUGCAUUAAAUCUUGCUUCAUAUGGAGGCAGCCAUGCUUUGAAACUAAAUAAGGAAGAUAUAAUACUUUAUUCAGCUAAGGUAAUCCCUGGUAACGAAUCCAGAGUAAUGAAAAUGAUGAAUCGCAUAUCAGAAAUCGGGUCAACCAUAGUAAUGGGUAGAAAUGAGCUAUUGCAUACCUCUGGCCAUGGGUAUCGUGGAGAGCUGGAGGAGGUACUUAAAAUAGUAAAACCACAGCAUUUUCUCCCCAUACAUGGAGAACUCUUGUUCUUGAAAGAGCAUGAAUUGCUUGGAAAGUCGACUGGAGUUCACCAUACCACUGUUAUAAAAAAUGGAGAGAUGCUCGGGGUAUCACACUUGAGAAACAGAAGAGUGCUAUCUAAUGGCUUUAUAUCUCUUGGAAAGGAGAAUUUGCAGCUGAUGUAUAGUGAUGGUGAUAAAGCAUUCGGCACAUCAACUGAGCUCUGUGUUGAUGAGAGGCUAAGAAUCGCCACGGAUGGAAUUAUAGUGGUCAGUAUGGAAAUCUUACGACCUCAGGGCGUAGAUGGUGUCAGCGAAAGUAAUAACAUAAAGGGGAAAAUAAGAAUCACAACACGGUGCUUGUGGCUGGACAAAGGGAAGCUUUUAGAUGCACUCCACAAAGCUGCCCAUGCUGCCCUUUCGAGUUGUCCUGUUAACUGUCCUCUAGCACACAUGGAAAGAAUCGUUUCUGAGGUACUAAGGAAGAUGGUGAGAAAGUACAGCGGGAAAAGGCCUGAGGUAAUUGUUAUUGCCAUGGAAAACCCAGCAGGGGUUCUUUCUGAAGAGUUGUCUGCAAAGUUAGCUGGUAAGUCAUCGCAAAUGGGUUUCGGGAUAUCAGCAUUGAGAAAGGUAAUUGACAGACAUCCCAAAAGAGACAAGAAGGAGAGACAAACCGAAGAUGAAAAUGGCUAUGGUCAUUUGGAAGACACAGGGCGAGAGCAGUUGGAAGUUGAUGGAAGGCUACUACCUGAAGAAGAUGGCACUUCUUCAACUUCGAGCUCAAUCGAGAGCCUUGAGAGUGCAGCCGAGGAUGGAGAUGAUUUUUGGCGUUCAUUUAUGUCAUCAUCACCUGACACUGUUGAUGACAUGGUCAACAGAAAUAAAAAACCUGUGGUUCGACAGCAAGAUAAUCUGAGAGUGGCUAAAGAGGACAGCGGUAAUGAUGAUAGUGAAGAUGACUCUGAUGACGAUGAUCAGAAAAACAGAAGAAAACCAUCCUCCUCCAAGUCUAUGAAGCGAAAUAAGUGGAAACACGAUGAGAUCACGAAACUAAUCGAAAUGAGAGGGAACUUGCAUGCUAAGUUUCAAACUGUAAAGGGAAGAAUGGCUCUGUGGGAAGAGAUAUCCAAUGGCUUGAUGGUGGAAGGGAUCGACCGGAGUCCGGGUCAAUGCAAAUCACUGUGGGCAUCUCUCGUUCAAAAAUAUGAGGUUUUGGCUUUUUUUUCUUCUUCAUUUUGUUGUUUCUCUUUUCCGUUGCAGUUACAGUUUGAACUUUGAACCACCAUUAUCGUCACCACUGCCUGCUGCUAUUUAUUAUUGUCAACAGGAAAGCAAAAGCGAGUCGAGUAGAAAAGGAUGGCCAUAUUUUGAACAAGUAGACGACAUUCUGUCUGAUCAUGAGCCAACCGCCACUGCCACGAAAUGAUUGAUCCAUUGAGGGGACUUUGCAACCUCUGCUGGAGGAGAGUGAAGCCUAGACAACUAUGGAGAUGUCGCUACAUCAGUGUGUGUAGUCCAAGCAUGCAUCAGGAGGGAAUUGUUCACUCUACAUGAGAAAGAUACAGAAGAGAGUCGGCCAUCUCUUGUAGCGGUUGACAGUUUUUUUAUGGGGGGUGGGGUGGGGAAGAGAGAUGGUGACAAGGGAAUAUCGUAGGUAGAAACUAUGCAUGGAAGCAGAAAGAGUUACGGAAGUCUUGUGUCCCCCCUGUACGAGAGUUAAUUUACAAAUUAGCUGAAAAGUCUGCUCUGAAAAUCAUGGGUUUUUGGGGAGCGUAUGAUCUUUUCCUUAUCCUCGGCUUUGCGGAGAGCGGAUCCCAUGAGCCAUGACUAAGGGGUCCUUAGUCACUUGACUAAGCCCCUUCUAGCCAUUAGAUCUGGACACUUCAAUCCAAUGAUUAAAAAGUG